AUGAUUUCUUUUUCUUCAAACCUUUUUAAUUUGUUCUUAAUCAUCAUAAAUUGUUUAUUUCAAAACGCAACUUCUAACAACAACAACAAUGAUAAGGUUCCUUAUUAUGUUCCUUCUAGUGGAGGAGGUAAAAGUCUUAAUAGAGUUCCUCCAACUGGUUUAGGCGAACCUUUAAAUGUGAUCAUCUCUGCACGAAGUUCAUCUGAAGUUCUUACCGAUUCAGGGUUCGAGAAUUAUGCCAAAUCAAUCGGAUUUUCUCAAGAAUGUUUAGGACUUCAUCUAGGCGAUCUUCAAUCAGCUAAUCUAGGUGACGGAAAUGGUUGGUUAAAUGAAACAAAGUUAUAUCGUCAAGAUUACGGUGAUCCAUUACUCGGAAGUUGCAUAGAAUCGCUAAUAGGAGGAAACCAUUUCCGUUACUGGCGUCAAAAUGGUACAAAAGCUCCAAGUGGUGCAUUAUUUUUAACAGUUUCAUCAGAAGAAGAUUUAAAAAAAGCUCAUACAAUCAUUCCAAAUGGUUAUAAUCUAGGAAGAGAUAGAUUAGUAAGGAAUGCUACUGAGAGUAAUACUACUUUUGGUAAUAGAAAAUAUUCCACUAAAGUUCAAUAUGUUGGUGGAAUGCUUGCUCCUGGAUCUGUAGGAGUGAAUCACGGUAUUUCACAAGAUGGUAAAGUAGCCGUUCUCACCGUCACAGCUAUCCCAAAAUUUCCUUCAAACAAGAAUCCAAGACCAAAAUUGCUCAAAGAACCACAAGUCAAUAUAACUACCGGCACCGUCAUCGUUCAUCAUAUAGUGACUUGA